AUGGAGAAAACAGUAUCAAGUGAAUACGAACAUUCUAUAAAAAAUAAUACGUAUCGUCGACGUUCUUUAAGCCAAACAGAACGUGAAGAACGCGGUACAUAUGGAAAAACAGGUGCACAACACAAACGUCAUUCAUUACCACCUGCCCAUGCGCACCACCAACCGAUCUCAAAAUUCAAUGCAGAAUUUUGGAUGCAGGAUUUUCGAAAAAAAAUAAUGGAAACAUUAUUCAGAGAAGAAAGAUUUAAAUCCUUUCAAAAGCGACGUAAUAUAGGUGCUGUUAUAGAUGGAUUGAUGGAUACAGAAGAUGACGAGAUUUUCGACUGGAAAGAACAAAAACAGAUCGUAGAAUCAGCUCAUGUUUUGCAAUAUUACGGCGCAAGUCUCAGUUCUACUACUACUCUUGCCGCCGCCACUACUAGUAAUCCUGGAUUUGUGCCAAUACUACAACAUCGUGAUUAUCAACAAUCCUCUUCACCAUUUUUUUCCCCUCAGAAUUCUCAACCGAUCCAACCACUAACAAUGUCGUCACUCAACGUUUUUGACCUACAGAAAAUACAAUGGCAACAACAACAGCAAGAAUUUGUUAAUAAUUUGCCAGCCGAAAUUGCGAAAGCUGUACAAACAAAAAAUCUGCCGCCAGAAUUUUAUCAAUUUAGAGAGAGACACGAAGAAUACUAA